GGAGAUAAAGCUGAUCAUAAACUUGCUAAAGAAUGGGAACGGGAGUAUAUAUCAAAAGUAAUAUCCACCAAUAUUGACAAUACACAUUCAGAAAGUACCAUCAGGGUUAACAACGGACUUUUGAAUCAGAAUGAUCAAAACAAAGUACUGAC